AUGAGACUUAUCCAGUCCAAUUUCUGUAGAAAAUCUGGUGAUGUUAGACCUCCCCUUGCUUCACCUAGUCUGCGUUUCUCCUUGUUUGGGAGUUUUGAAUUGGCUAGCAAGCAGUUGAACCAUCUCGGAAGCGUGAAACCCUAUGUUCAAACUGGCCGAAACUCGGGUAGCCAACUGAAGCCACGUUUUUCUGAGAUGAGAAAAGGUGCACCACCUCCUUUACUAGUUGGUAUGAAGAAUGUUAAAAGUACAGCUACCAACAGUUUUUGCAAGGAUCAUGGAGUACAAGAGAUAAGCGUGCUAAAUGAUUAUCCAAUACUUGCUGAUAAAGUGGUAGAUAAAGGGGAACCUGUCAUUCUUAGAAGUUUAAGCAACAUGAAGGAUCCUGAUAAUACUAGAAAGGGCAGCUCUGUUGAUAAGAUAACCAAGUUGAACAUCUCGAGAAGUAUGAAGUCCUCCUUACCGGCUACGAGAUCAAUUCCGAGUUCAAAGGAUCAUACCUGUUACCACACUUAA